AUGUUUGGACAAGCACCACGUUCAAAUUCGGAUUUCUGGAAAAUGGUUCGUGCAAAUGGAAUUGAAGACGAGGAAGAUUUACCUACUCCUUUUGCCGAAUCAAAUGAUGAUUUAAAUAUUAAUCAAGAUGUUAAUAGGAUUAAUUUGGAUGAAGAUAUAGAUGGUGAAAAAAUUACUGUAGUUAAUCAAUUAUCAAAUGAUGCUGCUUCUUCUUCCAUUAAUUCACAAUUAAACUCAAAUGCAUCAUCAUCAAUUACCGUUUCAACUCCAACAAGACAUUCUACAAUUCGUACAAUUGCUUCAAAU